GUUGCGCACCUCCGUCGGAAACUGUUUAUUGCUGCACAGCGCGUCAGCCGCUUACAGAGUCACCACGGUUACUGUGAUAUCUACCGAAAUAAACCAUAUUUAUCUACAUUUACUACCUCAGACCUGCGGUCAUGGCGGGGAACUUCUGGCAAAGCUCGCAUUAUCUUCAGUGGGUCCUAGACAAGCAAGACCUGAUGAAGGAACGACAGAAGGACCUGAAGUUUCUGACAGAGGAAGAGUACUGGAAACUGCAGAUUUUCUUCGCUAAUGUAAUCCAGGCCCUUGGCGAACACCUGAAGCUCAGGCAGCAGGUCAUUGCGACAGCGACUGUGUACUUCAAGCGCUUCUACGCCAGGUACUCUCUGAAGAGUAUCGAUCCUGUUCUCAUGGCACCUACCUGUGUGUUCUUGGCCUCUAAAGUGGAGGAAUUUGGUGUUGUUUCAAACACCCGGCUGAUCUCUGCAGCUACGUCCGUGUUGAAAACUAGGUUUUCCUAUGCCUUCCCGAAAGAGUUCCCCUACCGCAUGAACCAUAUACUGGAGUGUGAAUUCUACCUGCUGGAGCUCAUGGACUGCUGUCUGAUCGUGUACCACCCCUACAGACCGCUGCUGCAGUAUGUCCAAGACAUGGGUCAGGAGGACAUGCUCUUGCCUCUGGCAUGGAGAAUCGUGAAUGACACCUACAGGACAGAUCUCUGCCUGCUAUAUCCACCCUUUAUGAUCGCACUAGCUUGCCUCCACGUAGCUUGUGUCGUACAGCAGAAAGACGCAAGGCAGUGGUUCGCAGAGCUCUCUGUGGACAUGGAAAAGAUCCUGGAAAUUAUCAGAGUCAUCCUGAAGCUCUACGACCAGUGGAAGAACUUCGAUGACAGGAAGGAGAUGGCCGCCGUCCUCAACAAGAUGCCAAAACCGAAACCCCCGCCCAACAGUGAGAACGACCAGGGAUCCAAUGGCAACCAGAACUCCUCGUACAGCCAAUCAUAAGUGACGUGCGAGUCAGUGGGCUGAGUCACCAGGGGCGGAGCCUGAGGACGCCCGACGGGACUCCCUGUCAUUCCACGUACAUGUUCAGUCACCCGUAGGGUCCGUAGGUGUUGUGUGUCACCUGCUCAUGGCCUUUCUCUGGUAAAGAAGUUGUUUUGGCGUGUCGAAGACCCAAAUUAAAUGUUGUGAUGUAGCCAGUUAGCUGGUUGGGGAAUGGGGGGUAAUAUUAGAUUAGGAUGAUCCUGGCAUCCUUGAAAUAGCCCUCUGGGUGGUUAUACUGUGUGGUUGUGUGUGUGUAUAUGUGUGUGUGUGUGUGUGUGUGUGUGUGGGCCGUUUUCUGUGAUUACACAGACCAUGUCAGAGGGUCAUACCUCAGGGACAGACAAAGGUUUUGUCCACAGUCUGUGAUGACAUCAGCUGACCAGUCCCUCUUCCUUUGGCAGAUCGGCGUUGCCGCCCUCAUGACUUCCUGGGGUACAAACUUCUUUCAGAGGUUUAUUUACUGUUAGCAUACCUAGUGUAUUCCUCCGUCUCUAUAUGUCUUCAUUAAUCUUCAAGUCUAUUGUGUUACCCUUAGUGUGCCCAGCGGUGUUGACUUGCCACACGAAUCAUGAAACCGAUAAUUACGUGCUGCAUUCAAGCGCCGUUUACCGUCAUGGUUUUCAGCGGUCUUGUAGUUUGCGAGAAAUUUAUUUUUAGAUGAAAAAAAUACUGUAAUAGAAACUCAAUGAGACUUGUAGAUAAUCAUGUUUACUAGUCAGGGAACAGGGGUAACGAUCAGAGGAACAAGACGUCGGAUCGUGAUCUCAGAGAGCCCUGGUCCACUCCACCUCCUCCACCUUGGACCAGCUGGGCGAUCUGCUGUUUGGAAAGGGGAUGCCUGCACUCACUGCUGGCUCUGAUUCAGGAAACCUAAGUGAAUCCCGUCUGGAUUAACUCUGGGUCCAGAGAGAUCCUCUGCAGCAAUGUGAGAAUGCAGAGCGUUGUCCAGUUUGAUAGGUUUCUCGCUGGUAAGGGGGGGGGCGUUGUGGUGUGAUUCCAAAGCAUAAUGUCCUUCUCUACACACACCUGAAGGCCAAAGGUCCAGCCAAGAACUGCUCCUUUCUGCCUGUGUUGAACCGUCACUGUUGUAUAUUUUUGUGAGAUAAAUGUGAACGUUGAUUGACUCAAUUGAAGCUUCUUUAGGUUUUGUGAUGUUCAAUGGUGCUUGACUGCCUUAAGGAUAUCGAGAUGCUGACUCUUAAAUGCAAAAAAAAAAAAACAAACAAAAAAAAACACUUGAUAACAGAUGACCUGUGACCCUGCCAGUUGCGGGUUAGUUUGUGGCGAAGGUGGCUGGCUUGACUUGCUGGCAGUAAACUUGAAAGAAGUAAACAAGAAUGGUGGCAUAGAAAAUCCCUUCAGUGUAUUGGGACUAUUUUAUACUUAUCACUUUGUCAUGCCAGCCUUUGCAGGGUUUUUUAAAAGUUUGUUUUAGUCUUUAGUUCCUGCUUUUAACAAUGAAUGUGCUUGGAUAUUUGACCACUCUUUCCCACACUUUUAAUUUAACUUGUGCCCUUGUACCAAGUGCCAAUUACAACAUUAACCAUUAUGAGUCCCCUCCCAUUUAUGGUAAUAAAAUAAAUAUUGUCAUUAUAAGAA